CGGUCGGUUUGUGUUGGACGUCGAUGUCGUGUUGCUCGUGUGAAAAAUUGGCGUUUUCUCACCUCCAGCGCCACAGUCUGUUCUUUAUCUCGAAGGUUACUGAAUACUUGAUCGUGUUAUCUAGCAAGCAGCAGGGAUACUGACCAUAUGAUUUGAGGGACUGUCUUCGCACACGGUUUUGCAUUUUUCGUCUCGUGAGAAGGUGAAAGUAAAGAUCUUCGAUUGGAUUAAGUUGUUGAGUGUGUGUGGCAAGAAAGUGCAUCAUCCUGUAGUUGGGUGUUUUUGCUUCAUCGUUUUUUCGAGGUUCACUCCCAUUCUGAUUGAUGAGAGGAAUCCGCCCGUAAGUAUGCAUCCUCACGCAUACAUGUGCUCGGCGAUCCUUUCUGGCAAAUGUAAAUGAGUGCAAGUGUAUUGGUGAAAUCAUGUUCCUGUUUUGUUGAUAGUGGGUGGUGUUUUGGAUGAGAAUAUGAUUAAUAACAACCACUUUGAAAAGAAGAAUUCAGUGUUUAUCGGUCGACGGUAAAAGGAUAUCUUAUCGACUGCAUUGCAGCCAAAGCAAACUAGCAUAGCUGCUAGGUCUAUGCUCGAAUGAGUGUUUGAAGAAAGGCUAGAAAUCGAAGAAGAGGAGGAAGCAUAGGUGCACAAGUGAGUGAGGUAACCGGCUUUCACAAGCAGCUCUAUGAAAGUGAUCAUCCAUCAAUGAAGAGUCGUGAUAAUUAAAAGGUUUAAAACAAACACCGAAGGGGUAGGGAACGAAAGGCGUGACAGUAUCUCGUCUCGCCGAGAGUCGACCGCAGGCAACAUAAUGACAGAAAGAAAGUUUACCCGGGGGCUCAAUAAGCCCGGAAUGGCCGCCCAGCUGAGGGAGAACAUCUCGCAGGUUGUACGUGAAUCUGCUUCACUUAACAAACCAGUCCUUGUAGAACCGAUCGACUUCGAAGGUUUCAUUAUCAAAAACAAAACCCUCAUCCAAAAUGAUCCGCAACGAGAGCUUCUGUUGUAUCCUAGCGAUGACGUAACGGAAGUGGUGUUAACGAAAAAAUUUCGUACUAUUGCCAGUAACAUUCCGAGUUAUGCGAAAGUAACCGUAAAUAACACCAACACUAACAAUCGUACCAGUACUUCAACAUCGACUGGAUCACCCGGCAACAACAGCAGACCUUCAUCACCCACCAUAAAUCUCCAGGGUCACCUGUUGACUCGUCAAGCCUUACAUACAUACGAAUCCACUAACCAUGCAAUACACUACAAAUAUAGUGCGUACGGAGGAAGCUAUUAUGAGUUACCACGAACAUCACCAUCUGACGAGUUGAAAGAGGAACUGUACGAGAUCGACACUGAUCAUGACAGAAUGGAUGAACAGAUGACCCGUUCUCAAGCAGAUACGAUAACCAAACAAGGUUAUCUGCUGAAGGGACCGGAAACAAACUCAGAUCGCAUGUUCGCUCACAUUGGAUCUAAGUCCUUCAAGCGACGAUAUUGCUAUCUUCGACAGGAGAUUGAUGGCACAUACAUCCUAGAGUUGCAUAAAGACGAGAAGCAAGUUGAGGCCAAAACGACUAUUGUUAUGGACUUUUGCACUGAAGUUGUUACGAACCCGAAAAAAGGUCGCUACUGCUUCGAACUUAAGAUGAACGCCGGGCAACAUAAAUCCUUCACAUUGGCGGCUGACGAUGAGACUGAUAUGGAGGAUUGGCUCAAGAAAAUAUCCUCUGUGAUUCAACAGAACAAACUUCAAGAGGACAAACGGGCUGCUUCUUUGGAGCGAGCGCCACCGCCCAGCCCGAGCACCAUGAUGUAUGGUACCUUGAAGGGUCUGGAGCAGAGUAUGAAUCCACAGUUGAUGAAAUACGGUCGAGAGACGGAUAUGUCAAUCGCUCAGGCUAGAAAGGAAAACCGGCGAAAGCUGUUCGGUGCUUCCCAACAACAGCAUGCGCAGACCAUGGGCAAAGCUUCUAACAACAAGGCAGAAGUGGUCGAACCAUACCGAGAGCAGUUCGGUCAAAGGAUUAUCGUAAAAUGUGAUUCGCUGAAAUUUAGGCUACAGGCACCGCUUGAGACAACUGGAACGCCGAACGGAACAAUCACGAAUGGAGAAAGCGAUACGGCCUUGUGUCAGCUUGAACCCUACCUGACAAGCGUAGCACUGUACGAUGCAAAAGCUAACCGCAAACUCAGUGAGAACUUCUACUUUGAUCUUAAUAAGGAGCACGUGGGCGUUAUGCUUAAUGGCACGUGCGACCCGGAAAAACCUCAAUGCACAUCUCCGAAACCAACUAGCAAAUCGCAACAGAACGGUAACGGUACUAUGCGGCAUUCGAAAACUCGCUGUGAUACAAGUGACGAUCUUCACUCGGAUGUUAAUAAGGAGUGGUUAGCCCUAGCAAAGCAUGCUGUAUUCAGUGUUACCGCGCCGCAUCCAGACAUUUUCGUUGUGGUCAAGAUUGACAAGAUCCUGCAGGGUGCUAUAAAUCCAUCAACCGAACCGUACUUGAAGGUAACCAAAGACGUUAAAAUUUUGUCCAAGUUGCAGAAGACCAUCAAACAGUACGCCCAGAAAUGUGGUCACUAUCGGAUGCCGUUUGCCUGGGCAGCACGACCGCUAUUCCGCCUAUACAGCAACGACUUGGAUACAUCUUUCGAUUUUCCUGCCAUCUACCGGCAGGAGACAGCACGUUUAAAGGACGAAGAACUGUUGAAGCUGUUGGCAGAAUAUAGGAAACCGGAUAAAUUCAGUAAAUUGACCGUAAUACCGGGAUCGUUGAAAAUUUAUAUUGAGAUUUUGAACGAGAUGCCACCAAAUUGCCUGACAACCAGCCUUGUCCCACUAAAACCAUUCCCAUCACCACCCACCGUUGAACCCACUCUGGAAAUAACCGAAUUCGUCAGUACGUCAGAACAACAUUUGAACCCCUAUGCUACCUACGUAAAUCAUUUCUAUGUGUAUCCGUUGCAUUUGUGUUACGAUAGCCAGAAGAUCUUUUCCAGAGCCCGAAACAUAGCGUUGCUAAUAGAGCUACGUGACAGUGAUACAGCGGAUGCCAAAUCUGUUGAGUGCAUCUAUGGUCGUCCUGGGCAGCCCAUAUUGGUCUCACAAAUGUCCUGCCCCGUGCUACACCACAAUACGAGCCCGACGUGGUACGAGGAGAUAAAACUGCGACUUCCGCUGAGAAUAACUCCACAGCAUCAUCUCCUGUUCUCGUUCUUCCACGUGUCAUGUAGUAUUGCUAAAAAGAAGGAUCUUGUAUCGACCAGUACAGAAACACCGGUCGGAUACUCCUGGCUUCCGUUGCUGAACAAAGGCAAGAUGAACAUUGAGGAGCAGUGUUUGCCUGUGGCUGCCUCCCUUCCGGUUGGUUACUUGUCGAUUCAACCACUUGGGCUAGGGAAAGGGCAGAACUCAGGUCCGGAUAUCCAGUGGAUUGAUAACCAGCGACCGAUAUUUACCGUGCAGUUUCGUCUGGAUUCGACCGUGCUCACCACCGAUCAGCAUCUGCACAACCUCUUCGUUCAUGCCGAGCGUCUGCUCGAGCAGUCCAAAACGGCCGCUUUGCCAGCUGAAUCGGAAACAUGCAAAAUACUGAAGGCCGCCCACGCCAUUCAUGUCAGCUCUCUGAUUACAUUUCUACCAACGAUCCUGAAUCAACUGUUCACACUAUUAGUUGCUACCGCAAGCGAAGAAAUCGGUCUAAAUAUCAUACGGCUUCUCGUCAAUUUGUUCCACAUGGUAGCGGAGGAGGCAAAACGAAAAGAAUUACUAGUUUCCUAUGUGAAGUUUGUGUUUCGAAUCGAAGGAUUCCCUGUGAAUGGCUGUUCUCCGAAAUCACAGCAAGUGAGCACAGUUCAUGGCGAACUAUGCCGUCAUCUUCCCACUCUACUACAUCCGAACAAUACGGACUUCUUGCUUGUUAACAAAUUCAUGAAAUUUUCGGGAAUUUUCUUUGACAUCAUCGUUAAAAGUAUGGGUCAAUUCCUGCUCUCCACUGGCCGAAUCAAGAUGCAGCGUAACGAACGUUUUCCGAAAGAGUUUGCGACACGAAUAGAUGCAUUGUUCCAAGUGCUCCUGCCUUAUCUAAAUUCUCGCCACAAAGAUCUCCCUAUGGAGACGGAGCAAUUAAAUCGAAGUCUUUCCGUAUUCGUCAAACGCUGUUUAACCUUCAUGGAUCGUGGUUUUGUGUUUCGAUUGAUUCGCAUCUACAUGGAUCGUUGGGGUCCAGGAGAUUCCCGUAUUCUUCAGGAAUAUAAAUUCGCGUUUAUUCGAGAGAUCUGUUCCCACGAGCACUACAUACCACUAAACUUACCGUUCUUGCUAAGCCCAAACAAUCGACCGCCGGAUUUGUUGCAGCAAUUCUGUCUAUCGGAAGACUUCUGCCGCCAGCAUUUCUUGGCCGGGUUGCUUAUCCAAGAGGUUAAAGGAUCACUCAACGAGGUUAGUCACAUUCGGAAACUCGGCUUGACGAUACUCAGAGAUCAGUUAGCUAAGCAUGAUCUAGAUGACCGCUAUCCGAACAAAGGCCAACACAGUCGCAUUGCUCUACUUUAUGUUCCUUGGAUCGGGAUUGUGUUGGAGAAUCUUAGUCGCAUACCUGACGGAAUGGAAAAGAAAAAACAUGACUCCAAUGGAACCAACAGAAUCUCCUGCAGCAGCAGUUACGUUUUUGCAAGGGAAUCAACGCCAUUAACUACAGCACCCUCCAGAGUUACUUCUCAGGCAAGCACUCCAAAGUCAAGAAGUAAUCGGGUUACGAUGCACCUCGAUUGUCCCAGUCCCAUCCGAUCAUCAUUACAUCUGAAAGAUAAUAGUUUCCUGGCUGCAAUCGCCGGUCAAAUGUCACUCGCCAACGGUCAUUCCACGACAUCACUAAACUCAGAAUGCUCAACUCUGUCCCACGACGGCACCGUCGUUAUAAGGAACCAUCACAGUGAAACCAACGGUUCCAUACGUUCAAGUCAUGCGCGGUCGAUCAGCGUUACGCAACCUACCAUAAUCCAAAGAACCGAUAAGUUUACUCCAGCGGAAACCAAAGAUAUGCUGAUAAGUUUCCUCUUCGUUGUGAAACACCUUUCGCCGGAUCACAUGAUCGCCUGGUGGCAUAACUGUACCGAAAGUGAAACAGUGCAAUUUUUCACCAUACUAGACCUCUGCCUACUGUACUUCCGAUAUGUAGGCAAAAAGAACAUUCAGCUUCUUAGUGAUACUGGAAAAGAUACGAAAUCUUCAAAAGCAGCCAAAGCUAGUACACUACCCGCGAGGAUGAUGCCACCAAGCAGCGAAUCCUCAAAUUCAUUCGAAUGUGGAACCUUAAAUCAUCCGCAGAACCGAGAAAACCUUGUCGAAGAAACAAUGCGACUUCAGCGGGCGCUCUACGAAUCGAAUCUAGCAACGGAGAUAGGUCUGACGAUUCUGGACUGCAUGGGUCUCUAUUCAAUCCAGUUCCGCAGUUCAAUGUUGGAGAGUUCAGUUUUACCUAAAAUCGCUCGCGUUUACUUGCGGUUUCUCCAGUUAGGACAAUCGGAAUCACUCUCAAAGCAUGUUUUCGCGGCCUUGCGAGCGUUCAUAAACAACUUCUCGCAAGCACUGUUCAAAGGAAAUGCCAUUCUCUGUGGUCAACUGGUGUACGAAUUGCUCAAAUGUUGUGAUAGCCGAUUAUCUAGCCUACGGCAAGAAGCUUGCGCUGUUCUCUACUUAUUAAUGCGAAGUAACUUUGAGUUCAGUGGACGAAAAGGAUUGACAAGAGUACAUCUUCAAGUAAUCAUCUCUGUUUCGCAGAUGAUUGGAAAUGUAAUCGGGUUGAACAAUGCCCGCUUCCAGGAAUCACUUUCAAUCAUCAACAGCUACGCGACCAGUGAUAAAGCCAUGAAGGGAACUGGGUUUCCGAUGGAGGUUAAGGAUCUAACCCGACGCGUACGAACAGUGCUGAUGGCGACGGCUCAAAUGCAGGCACAUCACAUGGAUCCGGAGCGACUAUUGGAACUUCAGCAUUCAUUAGCCAACUCGUACGCGUCCACUCCGGAACUUCGACACACCUGGCUCGUGACAAUGGCCCGAAAUCAUGAACAGAAUGGGAACAUUUCAGAGGCGGCCAGCUGUCAUCUGCACAUUGCUGCACUGAUUUCUGAAUAUCUGAAACUGAAAGGAUGCUGCUCGGUAGCGUACGGGGCGGAAUCGUUUUUCAAGAUCUCCCGUAACAUUCCACGCGAUGAGAAGGGUUUAAAGCUGGACAGCGGUGCACAGGAUUCACAGUACACGGAACAGUUGUUGCUGGAUCAGCUGAAGGAGUGUGCCGAGUAUUUGGAUCGAGCUGAAAGGCAUGAGUGCUUGGGUGUGCUUUAUCGGUUGAUUGUGCCGAUUCUGGAGAGCCGGCGGGACUAUCCCGGGUUGGCGCAGUGCUAUGAGCACCUGAUGCAGUCGUACAACCGGGUGAUUGAGUUCAACAAAACCGGCAAGCGGCUGUUGGGCAGGUUCUAUCGAGUUAUUUACUACGGACAGGUCUAUUUCGAAGAAGAAAACGGCGUAGAGUAUGUCUACAAGGAGCCUAAGGUGACGUCCCUGAGCGAAAUAUCCGAGCGACUAAACAAGCAGUAUCGGGAUAAAUUCGGUAGCGACAACGUGAGGAUGAUAAUGGAUUCAUCGCCGGUCGACGUAACCUCGCUGGACCCGAAGCUAGCUUACAUUCAGGUGACUCAUGUGACACCGUUCUUCUGCAAGGACGAGCUGGAAAUACGACAAACCGAGUUCGAGCAAAAUCAUGACGUAGACACGUUUAUGUAUGAGACACCGUUUAUUCCGAAUGGUGGCGCCCGAGGUUCCGUGGAGGACCAAUGGAAACGAAGAACAAUAUUGACAACCCAGUACAGUUUUCCAUACGUGCUAAAACGUAUACCGGUCAAGGAGCGUCAAUCGCUCGAACUUAGUCCAAUCGAGGUGGCUAUCGACGAAAUGCAAGCCAAGGUAGCGGAAUUGGAAGAGGUUGUUCUCGGGCCAAUAGACUUGAAAAAGCUGCAACUACGGCUGCAGGGCAGUGUAGCGGUCACUGUGAACGCCGGUCCUCUAGCAUAUGCAUCAGCAUUUUUGGAUCCGAAAAACAGUUCCAAAUAUUCCAUCGAUAAGGUAGAAGAUUUAAAGGAUGUCUUCCGAGAUUUCAUCCGGAUCUGUUACACGGCUUUGCAGAUCAACGCCAACGUCAUCUCGUCCGAUCAGCGAGAGUACCAUAGUGCGCUGAAGGAAAAUUACGAAAAUCUGUGUUCGGCACUUAGCGAUCUUCUGGGGGAAUUUGUGUAUCCCCUGGACGAUAGUACUAGCAACGCUCACCGCCAUAGUCUUGCCUUGUUCAGUGCCAUCAGCGGGGCACCGAACAAUUCCAGCACUGCUUAGAUAGAAAAAAAACAAGGUAAGGUUGUACGUUCUUUUUCUACGAUCUUUCCAAUCAACACCACACGGAACUACGCACAACAUUCGUUGAGGAUGUUUUUUAGUAACACAAGGAUAACUGAUGCAACAAACUGGUUUUGCAACUUUAGGUAGAAUAAAUAUUAUAAACCCCUCCCCCACCGUAACAAAAGAACCCGCUCAAAUUUUACCAUAAAGAGAACCUAAAACUAGCAACUUUGAACAUAAACCGUCUAAAUUACAACUCUUUAAAUUCCAUUAUAUGCGACUCGCGCCAUGUAGAAUGAAACAAAGCGGCUACAGGUCAAGCUUUGCUUGAAGCAAGGUGUUAGCCCUACUACUUCUCUUUCGGUUUAUUUUUUGGCUUCUGGCCAUACAUCAGAGCAUGUUGAAAACAUUGCCAAACACGUCUUCUUUGUAUCUGCAUUGUGGUUACAGUAAGUUAAGUUCUACCGUGAACAAAAAUCGUGAAACGGUAGUAGCAUUCUAGCACUCGAAAAAAGCAUUGUUUAGGUGUUAAAUCAUGUAGAAACAAAAAUUAUUUUAUAUCGAACAAAACAACACAAAAAUCUUAUCAACGAAAUUCGAGCGAUUUUGGUCAGGGAUUUCCCUCCUGCGGGCCAUAUUCGCUGGGAAAAUUUCAAAUUGGAACUUACCUCGCAUAACUUAGUUUCAGUUAAUCAGUCCUUUUUGGAGCGGUUCAAUAAACCGCGGUAGAGACGCGCGCGUUCUACACCUAAUGGGGAAAAUGCGCGAAAUUUAUUCUGAGAGAAAAAAUCUCUUAUUUUGUUACGUUCUUCUUUUUUUUCUCCUACAUACCAAUAUCAUCUUUACCCUCGAAAAGUUAAAAAAAAACAUACAAACAUAGAACAAUGAUGCAGUAGAACAAGUGAAUAAAAAACAAUUAAUACACAAGACUGCCAAAAAUUUCGAAUCGUAUAAACUAAAAUUAUUACACGUACACUGUCUUUCGAUUGGUAGACACAGAUGUUGAAUCUUUUACAACUGAUAGGCAGAAUCAUAAAACUGUGUCCCCAUACUCAGAACGGUAAAGGACAUAUUUUCGUUUAGUAAUGAGUGAGGCACUUUCCGCUCCAUGCUUAAAGCAUAAUUUUUGUUAGAUAUUAUAUUAAGUUGGAAAAAAUUAUUUUACUAGUCAAAAAAUGAAUCAAUCAUUUUAAAGUGUGUAAAUUUGCCUGUUUUUACUUCUAUGUAUAAAGUUUUCUUUGUGAUUGUUUCACAUGUAUCAUUUUUUCUCUAACAAUCAUUCGAUUUAAGAAAACCUAUCGUUAGUAAAAACUCAUUUAAAAUAUCCCCACGUUGUUGUUUUUAUUGAAUUUGGCCAGUUUUCGAGAUGUUUAGAAGAUAUAUAAUAAUAAAUUCAGUGUACAAUAUUGUUAUGAAAUUAUAUUAACAGUUAUUGUUUGCUUACUUGCAAACCGCUACCUUCGUGUGAAAAACAAACGAUGGAAUAUGUGUUUUGCUGUAGAAGUCGUGUUUACAAUCUCGAACUUAUAUUAUAUUACGUUUUCGUUUAAGCUAGGUUUACUGAUAAUGACACUCUUAUCGAAUACUGUCUAGAAAUAACGCAUAUAAAUCCUCACUGUAGCAGGUACACUGUCAGGUAGCAUCUGAACCAGGAACAAAAUAAACAACAGCAGUGAUUAUGUUUACUCGUAUACAUCUCUAGAUUUAAGUAGGAAUGUCAUAUUUGAAAUAAAAAUACACUCAAUUAUAGACAAGUGCGAAUCUUUAGAAGAAACAAGUCGAACAAUUUCUAAAGCUAUACACAAAAAUAAUAGGAAACCUAGAUGUGCACAGCAAUCGAUCGAUCGAUCGGUCAACAAGCGUAACAAUAUUGUUCAAUAUACUGUGUUAUUUAAAAGUUGUAUUCAAGUGUAAUG